AGUGCGAACACUGCUCCCGAGCAGGAAGGAAGCGGUGGCAAGUCUAUUUCCCUCCGCUGCUGCUGCUGCUGCUGUCAAGUUCAAGCGGCCGCCGCCGUGAGCUGGGCUGAAUCAAGUGGACCAUACCAUCGGUCUGGUUCAUGUAUCACUUCGGACCGGUUAAACUUGAUUGGUAUGUGGGAUAUGAAAUUUGAGACAAAAUAA